UCUCUCUCUCUCUCUCUCUCAUAUAUACUGUAUUCGACACGCUCUCAGUUCAAGACCUUUUUGGACGAACUCUGAGACAAAGUUGACUUUUUGAAUCUUCGAGUGGGUAAACGGCAAAUGUGCCCUGUCAAAGACAAAAAUAACAGCAACACACAGUGGCACGCCUCGUCACUUUGAAUUUCACCAGACUGUGCUGCCUGCUUAUCGUCCACAUCUCAGGGCGCAUGAGAUGGAAAUCGGUACACCGGGGAUACUUGACGAUGUCGAGUUACGGUGGGAGAACGUGGAGUGCAGACGCUAUGAAAUUUGUCGCAUCAUCUCUCCGGCCAAGCUCACGCCUUACCUUCGCCAGUGCAAAGUGCUGGACGAGCAAGAUGAAGAUGAGAUCCUCAACUCUUUACUGCUGGUCUCCAAAGCAAACCGCACAAGUCGCCUUCUUGACAUCCUGCGCUCCAGGGGAGAGCGGGGAUAUGUGGUGUUUCUGGAGAGCCUGGAAUUUUACUACCCAGAACUUUACAAACAGGUCACAGGGAAGAACCCCACACGUCGCUUCUCCACCAUCGUCGUCGAGGAGGGUCAUGAAGGUCUGACGCAGUUCUUGAUGAAUGAGGUGAUGAAGCUGCAGGAGCAGUCUAAAGUGAAGACUCUGCAGCAUGCUGAGCUCAGCAGGAAGAACUGCACCCUGGAGGAUGAGCAGAAGAAACUACGCCUCGUAAAUCAGGAACUUCAGACCUCGCAACAGAGGUUCAACAAAAUGAAAGAAGAACGCAACUCCUACAGCGAUGAACUGCUGAGAGUCAAGGAUGAGAACUACAAACUGGCCAUGAGAUAUGCCGCUCUGAGUGAGGAGAAGAACUUAGCGGUGAUGAGGAGCAGGGACCUGCAGCUGGAGAUUGAUCAGUUUAAGCACAGGCUAAACAAGAUGGAGGAAGAGUGUAAGAUGGAGAGGAAGCAAAGUCUCAAACUGAAGAACGACAUUGAGAAUCGCCCCAAGAAGGAGCAGAUCUUUGAGCUCAAGAGGGAGAAUGAAACACUCAAAAUCAAACUACAGGAGCUACAGUCCAUCAUCCAGAACGCCCAGCCUGGUCCUCUGUCUACAUCGGACAAAGACAUUCUUGACAUUUUGGAGCAUGACAGGCAGGAAGCGCUUGAAGAUAGACAGGACCUGGUCAACCGCCUCUACAACCUUCAUGAGGAAGUCAGACAGGCAGAGGAACUGCGAGACAAGUACCUAGAGGAGAAGGAGGACCUGGAGCUAAAGUGCUCCACGUUGCAGAAAGACUGUCAGAUGUACCGCAACCGAAUGGACACCAUCACCAUGCAGCUCAAGGAAGUAGAAAAAGAGAGGGACCAGGCAUUCCGGGCAAGAGACGAUGCCCAGCACCAGUUCUCACAGAGUCUGAUCGACAAAGACAAGUAUCGCAAGCAGAUAAGAGAGUUGGAGGAGAAGAGCGAUGAGCUCCAGAUCGAGAUGGUGCGGAAAGAAGCCCAGCUGGUCACUCUGGAGUCUCGCAUGCGAAGGAUCUCCAAGGACAUUGCCUUGGAUCAGAGCUUACCAAAAGACAUUCACACAACCAUCCUCUUUCAGCGGGAGCUUAAAUCCUGCCAGGGUCAGUCAGAAUGGUCUAGUGAUGAGUCGCCAGAGGAAAGGAUUUUACCCGAGGAAUCCCGGCUCAGACGCAGACCCAAUCUGAAAGCAGCGAACAGAGCCAAGUCUCCCAGCUGGCAACCCAAAGACCUUCCAAUUUCCGUAGAACCUUCUCAUCCUGGCGCCAACGGAGGCGAUCAUCUUGAAAAUCUGAUUCCAAGCAUCCAAGCCAACAGCAACUCCCUCCCACCUUCACCCAGUGUGGCCCCCGCAUCCCUCGCGUAUGCUCACAGCUUGACCCCCGCCCUCACUUUGUCCUCCCCGUCCACUCCGCGCUGUCACUCCAUGAUGGAACAGCCCAACAGGCUAAAUAUGAUGCGUAACCGUACCGACAGCAUCCAAUCCACGCAGCCUGAGCCCCCGGAGAAAGCAUCUCUUUACCGCCGAGAAAGGGAGAACGAAAACGACUUCCAGCCCCGCAGCCUUUCGGACUUUGACAGUGACACUAUGGAAUGUGAGGAGGGAAUGAAGCGCGGCCCAUCUUCUGUCCACUCGUCUUCCUCGUCCCAUCAAUCAGAAGUUAUGGACACUUACGACAUGGAGCAAGUCAACAAUAUCUUCAGGAAAUUUUCUCUGGAAAAGCCGUUUCGUCCGUCCCUGUCCUCCUUGCCGAGUAUCAGCUCGGUCUUGAAGCCUGUGCAGGAGUUUACAUUAUUAGGCGAAAACCUGCUGAAAGACAUCGCUCUUGUUGGCGGCAACGACAGCGGGAUUUUCAUCUCGUCCGUCCAGCCGGGCUCUGUUGCAGAGAAGACUGGUUUGCGAGAGGGUCACCGCCUCUUGUUGCUUGAGGGGCGCAUACGAGGCGAGAACCCAAGGAUGCCGUUGGAAACCAGCACCCAGGAGGAAGCCUUCUGGGUGCUGAAGCACUGCUCUGGACUGAUCAGGCUGCACUGCCGAGCCAACUUUGACUCUUACCGACGUUUUCAGAGGGACGUCGAAGAAGGCACGCGGGUUUCCGGAGACUCCUUCUACAUCCGGGUGAACCUCAACAUCUCCAGCCAGUUAGACUUCUGCUCGCUGAGCGUGCAAUGUGAUGAGGUGGUCCACGUUUUGGACACCAAGCACCAAGGCCAAUGUGAGUGGCUGUGUGCCCGCGUUGACCCCUACAGUGGCUGUGACCUGCUGGAACGUGGGACUCUGCCAAGCAACUCGCGGGCUCAGCAGCUCCUCCUCGUAAAGAUACAGAAGUUGAUGUGUCGAGGGAGCAAAGAAGAAAAUGAAAUGCAGCGCAACAUGAGGAACAAUUUGCAGCCAGAGGAAGGCAGCCCCUGUUCUGACCCCAAAACAAGUCCACGCAUGUCGAGAGCCAGCAUCUUCCUCACACAGAUUCUGCAGCUCGUCGGCAGGGCGGAUACCAAAUACAAGCGACUGAACAGCCACGAGCGUGUGAGGAUCAUCACCACGGGUAGCACAACACUCCCCGGGCAAGGCUUUGACACGCUCAGAGUAGAAGACGCCGCUGAUCCUGAACGGGAGAUAAGCAAGAGUUUGAACCUGACCCCAUACAGCCAUGUCACUCCUCAAAGGACCGAGAGGAGAAGACCGGUCCUCAUCGCGCCGGCUGCUUUAGCCAAAGCACUUUCACAGAAAUUAGUUAACAUGGUGGGUGCCAUGGACUUCAGUGUGUGCAAACCAGACAUUUUAUCCAAAGAGGAGUCAAAUCAGAAACUGGGUGCAGAGUCCUUUGUUUACUGCAAAGAAAAAGGUGCUUCUUUUGAAUUCAUCACCAAAGAGAGCAUCGAGGCCGUCGCUGCCAAGGGCAAACAUUGCCUACUGCAAGCUGACCUGAGCUGCGUCAAAAACCUCUUGAGGGUGAAAAUUUACCCAAUCAUCAUAGUUGUCAAGAUCUGUGAAAAAAAUGUCAAGAAGCUGAGAAAGUUACCGCUGCGCCUGGAGUCGGAGGAGGAGUUUCUGAGGUCAAGCAGGGCGAAAGAGAAGGAGCUGGAGGGUAUUCCUUGCCUCUACACCAGCCUGGAGCCAGAGGCAUGGCUGGGGACGGAUGACCUCAUCAGGGUGGUCAAAGAGCGAAUAUUUGAGGAGCAGAAGAAGACUGUGUGGGUGGAGCGGGAUCUCCUGUAGACACCGUGGGCUGUACAUGAAAAGACACAUAUUGUAGAACCACAAUACAAAAACAGCGUUAAAAUUAUACAUUUAUAUGCUCUGUAUUUAAUACGAAAACAAUAUACUUUAUCUUUUGUAAA